AGGGGUUGACGGGGUAAAGUGUUGGCGCCUGCCUUCUUCUACCGGUCGUUUUCUAGAGAGAGAGGAGAGAGGAGAGGAGCAUCAACCCUCUUUCUCUUUCCGAGUCUUGUUUAUCGUAUACGUUAAAGCAGAUGCAUUUACACAACAAUAAAUUUAUACUAUUUAUGCACAAUUCUUGUCUGCUAUUCUAGUUAUAUUUUCUCUCGUCUACCCGCCAAGCUUGAUAACUUCUUGCAUGCUUAUUCAAAAAGAUCUAAACUUGGACCUGCUUUCUCUCUUUUUUCCCAACAGCCCAUAAGGUUGGAAAGAAUUGAUUAUCGGUAGCAGUUUGAAAGGAUUUGGUAAAUGGGAAAACAUUUCUGGUUUAAGCAUGCAAAUGAUGAUUCACAUAGUAAGCAGCCGGGCUGCAUGUGGGGAUUAGUCCAUGUGUUGAACUAUCAUCAUUGGCAGUUUAACGUGAGGAAGAUGAUCCAACACCACAAACAUGAAGACCGAAGACAUAAUCAAUAUGGUUUUCUACAUCGGUUGUCAUCAGGCGAUUGGACUCCCGCUGCAUAUAUACAUCGCCAUGAUGCUCAUGAAGCAGAAAAGCUUUUGAGUGAGAAAGAGAGUUCAUACAUCAGUACUAAAAGAUCUCGGGCAACCAAGAAGCGAUCUCUCAAAGCACGCAUAAAAGCAUUGAUUGCCGAAGAGAUCUCUAAGGACAGUGAGAAUGUACAAGGAGAAGAAGGCUUUUCUUUCAAAUCAAAUUUGCAGAGAACUUAUUCCAUACACCACAUGGAAUCUCUGGCUGACGGCUUUGGUAAAAUACACAAGGAUUCCAAACACCGAAUCCUUUUCCUCCCGAGGAAUGUGGAGAGUCUUGCCACCCAAUCACUAGAUACUACUCAAAUGAAGGCUGCUGGAAAUCAAGAGGCAAGCAGAGGAAAAUCUGAUAUGUACAGCCCCAUGGAUACAGCGAGACAUGAUACUAAAGAGGACUCUGAUCUUCUGGAGAUAUUCAAGGUAGACAAGGAGUUGCUUAUAAGACACUUACAAGAUGCUGAUGAGAGCUUUGUUAAUUUCUCCCAUAGCGCAUUGGGUUUGAAUUCAAAAGCAAAAUUUGGCAAAUCAAGAUCCUUCCCAUUGGCUGAAUUGUCACGGAGCAGAAAACUUAAGCCCAUUAAACUUGAAAACAAACAGAGAGAAGUUUGGUCAUUCCCCAGAGAAGACAAAUCUCAUGCUGCUAAUCAAGCCUCCAGGUUGGCUCAUUCAGAUUAUUUGGGUAGAAGAUCAGGUGAACUAGCUGAUGAUGAUGAAAGUAAUGGCAUUUCACAUCAAGAUAUAAAGGCCGAAAAUAUAAUCAAUAGCAUUGGUGAAAAACACGAGGAAGAUGAUAUCAGAAAACGUUCUCAUCGCAGAAGUUCGUCUUUGAAUGAAUCAAUGUAUAAAUAUACUCAGCUGUUUGAGAACAGUUUCCGAAUGGACACCAAGUUGAAACCUUCUAACAGCUUGAAAUUAGCAAAUGAAUAUGGACCUGCUACAGUAUUCUUCAGAAGGAUAGGCUCUCUAUCUAAUGUUGAUUCUUAUUAUUCUAAUUCAGAUUUUGAGGUAUUGGGUGAUGAUCUCUCUGGAAAUGGCUCAACUGUAACAGAAAAUGACAGGAGUUCAGCUCUCCUUAAGGACGAUAGAGAAAAUGUGCCUCUAAAUGCAAAUGCUGAGGCUAUAUGCCAUAAUGAACCAGUUCAUAGAUGUAAUAGCAUGCAAAUAAAGGAAGAUGAUGCAAGCUUAAGGUUGCAUAUAAGCGAUGACAACACUGAAAAGUUGGAUGAUCUCAAAGCGGAAGCAGAUAAGCUGGACUAUUCAGACAUUGUCACCAAGGAGAUUAUAGAUCAAGGAUUCAUUUUGGAUUCAGAUGUAUGCUUGGAGGAAACAGAAUGUUAUCAAGUAGACCAUCAAAUUUCUGAAGGUUUGGAGCCCAGAUCCACUACUGAUGAAUUGAAUUCUUCAAUUGACUAUAACGAUCUCAAAAGCCUCCAUAGCAAGUCUUCGUCAACCCAUAUCACUCUAAAACCUGAAAAAGGUGAAAUACCUGACACAGUAGCUGAAGGUGUUAUGCUUGGCGGACAUUCCAAGAAGAGCAAUUCGGACUUGUAUUAUGUGAGGCACCUUCUUCAUCAAUCGGGCAUAGCAGGAGACUUGUCUGAUGUAACAUGGCAUACAUCUGACCAGCUUUUCAGCCCAAAGUUAUUUGAGAAAGUCGAAGCUUGCUGGCCCCAUGAACGAGAUCAGUUAACCGGAUUGCCAGACUUCUAUGGCUGUUGGCACCAUCGAAUGCUGUUUGAUUUAGUUGAUGAAGUUUUACUUGAGGUAUAUGAUAUGUCACUCCCAUAUUACCCUAAGCCCUUGUCGUCAAGCUGCCAUGUCCGUCCAUUUCCCAUGGGAAGCCACAUUAUCGAGGAGGUCAGCACAAGAGCUGGCAUGCUGCUGAAUUUGAAGCCAGAUGAAAAGCAGUCCCUAGAUUGUAUUGCGGCUCAUGACCUGUAUCAUGACCGCAGCUGGAUGAACCUCCAGCUGGAAUCCGAGUGUGUGGCACUUGACGUUGAAGAAAUGAUGUUUAAUGAACUCUUGGAAGAGGUAAUAUUUUCCUGAGUUUACUAAGUUGCAUAUUUAGAGGCCCUUUUCUUGCUCCCCUGGCUUAGGUCUUCACAUGAAAUUUUGUUCUGGAUUCUUUGUGUAAAUAGCACAAUACGGUUUUUGCUGAGGGAUAGUUUAGAUCAUAUAUGGAUAUAGAUCACGUUAAGUGUGCUCCCUCCGACGAGCAUUUAAUUUUCACUCUGUGUCGUGUAAAUAUGAUGCCGGAUAGUUCAACUAUUUAUUGUGUUUUCUCUUCAUCUGAUGUCACCAAUCGAUUCACUCUCUCUCUCUUAAGCUCGACUCUUUGAUUGAGCUCCAUAUUCACAUUUUUGUCCACCAAGAAACAAGAGGUAUAUAUACAAGAUUCAGAAAGUAGACACAGUUUUUCUCAAGAGACGAUGAAUACAACAUAAUAUUUCUGAGUUGAAUGAUCGGUGCUAGCUUCUGUGGUUCUAAAUCGUUACAUCAUCAACAUUUGCAACGAUCGCAUGAGCAAUUGGAUCCACACUUGCAGGCGUGGCGUGUCAGCACUCUCAUAUCCCUGUGAAUACCUACAGGGGUCAGAAACUAUUUAAUGGUUCAUUUUCCUUCACUUAGGAAAUUCGGAGAAAUAAAUAAAGAUUUAAGGUCAUCUUAAGUUUUGAUGGAGUAAUGGCUUUGUUUUUAUCAUAUACUAGACAGACAUCUUUACUGCAGCUCUAUCAGUGAUGGUAACAGUGUAUUGUUUCGCAGCUUGUCCAACAGCAGAUUUGCGCGUGAAGAGGCAUGUUAAAGAUAUUAAUAUUAGAUGAUUCUCAAUUUUAACUGUUGAAACUUUAUGAUAA